AAUCCAAAAUUUUGAGUUCCAAUCGAAUCGGGUUUACAACAUCACCACCCCACAACUUCCUUGUAUAAAAACUCUUCUCUGCAAAUAGUAUCUCUCAGAUUCUUCAAAUAUACUUCGAUUCCAUUGAUCUCUCAAAUUCGAUAUUCCUCCAAUUUCUCUCUCUUUCUCUUUCACUUUCAGCCAUGGAAAACCACAACGCCAAGUUGGGCUCUGGCGGUGGAGCCAAAGCCUAUCCCAACACAAACAACAACGCAACCGAUGAACAGGUCCAGAGCCCUGAUCACAAUCGUCCCGAUGAACUCCAGCAAGAAUCGAUUGCUGGGUCUUUGGAUUCUGCCCAGCCUCCUCCUCCUCCUGAUUGUGCUGGUUCUGUUGCUCGUCAGUCAUCUAGAACUCCCUUCACUAAUCUCAACCAGGUGGAUGCCGACCUCGCCCUAGCUCGAACCCUCCAAGAGCAGGAAAGGGCAUAUAUGAUGCUGAGAAUGAACAAUGAAGGGAGUGAUUAUGGAAGUUGGGAAGCUGGAAGUUAUUUACAUGAUGAUGAGGAUGAUUUCAAUGAUUUUCAUGAUGACACUGACGUGGAUGAUGAUGAUGAUGACGACGAGGAAUUUGAUGGAACUGAUGUUGAGAAUGAUGCAGAUGCAUUUGAUAUGCAUGCUCAUGAUGAUGAUGAUGUAGAAGAUGAUAACCCCAAUGUUGAACUUGACCCUGCUGGUUUUUCAAGUGACGAGGCCUAUGCAAGAGCCCUACAGGAUGCUGAAGAUAGAGAAAUGGCUGCUAGAUUACUGGCUCUUGCUGAUCUAAAUGAUGGUGAAGUUGAGGAUGCAGACGACCAUGGUGUUAACUCCCAGGAAACUUGGGAGGAAGUUGAUCCAGACGAACUUUCAUAUGAGGAGUUGCUUGCAUUGGGUGAAGUAGUUGGAACCGAGAGCAGAGGUCUUUCAGCUGAUUCAAUUGCAUCAUUGCCUUCGGUAAACUACAAGACAGGAAGCAGUCAGAUUGGAAGCAAUGAUUCCUAUUAGUGUCCUUGCAUUAUCUGAGUUGUUAGACGAGACUGAAGAGAAAGGGUAUGUGCUUGAAAAUGUGAAAGCCACAUGUUAUGGCAAGCUCAUGCUCAAUUGAUUUGCAUACUUUUCUGAAGCAAAUAUCUUAUACUCAGGAAAGAAAGUUGUUAGAUCUGGUCAUUUUGGAGCUUGCUAUGUCCCAAUAGAGCUGUAGGUUUGGUUUUGGUAUCAGCUGCUUUACCAAUGGGUCUGCAAGACUUCUGAUGGAUCUUGUGCCCCUCAGGUCUUGUUACUCAAGUUUAAUGAUUCAAUUGGUAGGGAUUGACUCUAUGUUUAAUUAUUUAUAUUAGCCGCAAAUUUAUUUUAGGUAGCUAGACAUGUAAAGAAAGUUGAAAUAUUGUAACUAAUAAGUUUCCUUGGUUGUUUAGGAGGUUUUUUCCAAUAA